AUGGGGUCAAAGUUCAGACAGUGCAGCAUGAAGUGGUCAGCAUCCUCACAGGGACUACCACAUGAACAUGAGGGGUCUAUGUGUAAGUUUGCUCGACGUCCAGUAUUUGGAAGGAACGCAAGAAUUUGUCUACUAUGUUUAAUGAUUAUCGGGAUCUUCUCUCUUUGCUUCCCAUUGUAUAAACCUUUAACAAUUUCUGGUGUGGUGGAGUAUACCCAUCUCAACGACAAAAGGCAGCCGAAACAAGUUUUUAUCCGUCCAAAACUGAAAUGCAAGGAAAAUUCGAUGAAAAACACUGUCGUUAUGGUUUUAAAUAAAGCGUCCAGUUUGUUACGGCGGGAAGCCAUAAGAGAGACAUGGGGCCAUCCGGCAAUACAAGCCAAAUAUAACUUCAGUUUGUAUUUUGUGAUUGGCAACGAAAGGAACUCCGACUUGACAGAAACAGAUGUAAGAUAUGGUGAUAUUUUACAUGUAGAUGUCAACGAAAACUACUUCAACAUCACGGAAAAAGUAAUAGAAGCUAUGAACUGGGCAACUCAUGCCUGUCCUGAAUCUAGCUUUUUUUUUAAAAUCGAUGAUGACGUUUAUUUCAAUGUGGAAUUUCUUCGGGAAAUCCAAAAUGAUGAGAAGUAUGUUCCAGAUAACGUUAUUCUUGGUGAUUGUCUACCAGAAACAAAACCUUACAGAAUGACUUCCAAAUUUCGUGUUUCUUAUGACCAGUAUCCGUUUCAAUUUUAUCCGCCAUAUUGUGGAGGUCCCGGAUAUGUGAUGACAUUGAAUACGGCACGCAACAUAUAUAGUGAAAUGUUGAACACGAAAACAUUUGAGUUUGAGGACGUGUAUGUUGGAAUAGCAGCCUAUAAACUCGGAAUUACUGUAAAAAAUGUGGAAUAUUUUAUUUACGCUAUGGAUAAUUAUAUCCAUGACUUUUAUAUAAAUUGUGCUAUGAUUACACACAAUCUAACUCCAGAAUAUAUCAGAAAGUUGUGGAAGGACAGACAUAGGAGAAAUAACGUUGAAUGUUCACUGCUAGGAAAAUGGAAAACUUUAGUGAUGUCUUCAUUUCAACGUAAUUAA